UCCGCGCCCCGCCGUGCUCGCACGGCUACGCUCCCGCUCCCAGGCAACCGCCCCAUUUUAGCUGCGCUCGGCCGCUCCGACUGUCCCCAGAGUGGGGAGGGAGGAAAGACGUGGAGCGGGUGCUGCAGGACCCCUGGGCUUUGCGCAGCUGAUGCCCGUCUCCAGCUUCCGGAGGCACAGCCUGUGGUCCUACGGAGCGUCCCGGUGCUUGCACACUUAGCUGAGACCGUGGUUGGUCCUCUCCGACUAGUUUGAAGUCUCUGCGGCUCGAGGCUCUUGCGGUGGGGGAAAGGAGAGGCCGGUGUGGAGCUCUCGGGAGGUUGGGGCUGACUCAUCUAGAGUCCCCGACUCCCCUGUGAUUGCACUUGGAAACUUUCCGCUGUGUUUCAGUCUCUGUCUCUCUUGGGGAAGCUGGACGGCAGUUCGGCAGGCCAGGUCCCUGGCCAGGACCGCGCACUAGGGGCCAUGGAGUUCACGGCAUCGCCCAAGCCCCAGCUUUCCUCCAGGGCCAACGCCUUCUCCAUCGCCGCGCUGAUGUCGAGCGGCGGCUCCAAAGAGAAGGAAGCUACGGAGAACACUAUCAAACCACUGGAACAAUUUGUCGAGAAGUCGUCCUGCGCUCAGCCCCUGGGCGAGCUGACCAGCCUAGAUGCUCACGGGGAGUUUGGUGGCAGCGUCGCGGGCAACAGCAGCCCAUCCUCCUCCUCUCUAUGCACUGAGCCGCUGAUCCCCACCACCCCCAUCAUCCCCAGCGAGGAAAUGGCCAAAAUUGCCUGCAGCCUGGAGACCAAGGAGCUCUGGGACAAAUUCCACGAGCUGGGCACGGAGAUGAUCAUCACCAAGUCUGGCAGGAGGAUGUUUCCUACCAUCCGUGUGUCCUUUUCCGGCGUGGAUUCUGAGGCCAAGUACAUAGUACUGAUGGACAUCGUCCCUGUGGACAACAAGAGGUACCGCUAUGCCUACCACCGGUCCUCCUGGCUGGUGGCUGGCAAGGCGGACCCUCCGCUGCCAGCCAGGCUGUAUGUACAUCCAGACUCUCCUUUUACUGGUGAGCAGCUACUUAAACAGAUGGUGUCUUUUGAAAAGGUGAAACUCACCAACAAUGAACUGGAUCAACAUGGCCAUAUAAUUUUGAACUCAAUGCAUAAGUACCAGCCACGGGUGCACAUCAUUAAGAAGAAAGACCACACAGCAUCAUUACUCAAUCUGAAGUCUGAAGAAUUCAGAACAUUCAUCUUUCCAGAAACAGUUUUUACGGCGGUCACUGCCUACCAGAAUCAACUGAUAACCAAGCUGAAAAUAGAUAGUAACCCUUUUGCCAAAGGAUUCCGGGACUCCUCCAGGCUCACUGACAUUGAGAGGGAAAGUGUGGAGAGCCUGAUUCAGAAACACUCCUAUGCCCGCUCACCCAUCCGUACCUACGGAGGAGAAGAGGAUGUGCUGGGGGAUGAGGUUCAGACGACACAGAAUCGAGGAUCAGCCUUUACAACAUCUGAUAAUUUGUCUCUCAGUUCCUGGGUAUCAUCUUCAUCCAGUUUUCCUGGAUUUCAGCACCCACAGUCCCUGACUGCUCUUGGCACCAGCACAGCAUCCAUAGCGACACCCAUUCCUCACCCUAUACAGGGCUCUCUGCCACCAUAUAGCCGACUUGGGAUGCCUCUAACCCCAUCGGCCAUUGCCAGCUCCAUGCAGGGGAGUGGCCCGACAUUCCCCUCAUUCCACAUGCCCCGGUAUCAUCACUACUUUCAGCAGGGGCCCUAUGCUGCUAUCCAAGGACUGCGCCAUUCCUCUGCUGUGAUGACGCCAUUUGUAUGACUCUUCUAAAAAUAGGAGAAUCCAGAUCCAGAAUGUGCAAAUGGGUAUGGAAAUAUAA